CUGAACACUAGGCUAACCAAAUCCGAAUCUCUAAAUCCGCGUCCGCAUCCGCAGCCGAGGAAUCGAGCAGCCAGUGGCCAACCCGCCCAUCAUGUCGCCCAAAUACACGCACGCGAUUGUGGCCAGAAUCUCGGACGCCCUGCUGGAGAACGGAGAGUUUGAUGUGCAACUGGCCAAGCAGCAGCACGAGCAGUACUGCACUUUGCUGCGAACCAUUGGCCUGGACGUGAUCGAGCUGCCGCCGGACGACCAGCUGCCGGAGGGCGUUUUUGUGGAGAACAGCGCUGUCAUCUGCAAUGGCGUGGCCCUGAUUGGGCGAUCGGAGAAUGCGAAACGGCGACGCGAGGCGGAGAGCAUGGCCAUCAUACUGAAGAAGGAGCUAGACAUUCCCGUCAUCGAGAUUGAGGAUCCACAUGCCCAGCUCGAUGGCGGGGAUGUGCUCUUUACGGGUCGAGAGUUCUUCAUUGGCAUCUCUGGGUACACCAACGAGGAAGGAGCUCGGGCCGUGGCCAUGGCCUAUCCCGAAUAUCCAGUGACGCCGAUUCGAGUCAACGGUGCGAAGCGCCUGAAAUACUACGUGACAAUGGCGGGACCGGAUGUUUUGUGCGUUAGCAGCAGCCCCACCUGCCAGGAGAUCGUGAAGCGGAUGGAGCGGGAGGCUAGCUUCACCUACCAGAAGCUGACGCUGCCCGAGGAGAGUGCGGCCAACAUGCUGUAUAUCAACGGAACGAUUGUCCAUAGAUCGCCGGCGGAAAUUCCAGAAGCCUACAAGACUUUGAAAGAGAAAAUUGACAUUCCAACACGCAACAUAAAUAUUAGCGAAUUUAGCCAAUAUUCCAGUGGACUGACGUCGUCAUGCCUGUUGCUGCGACGCUGGAAGUCCAUACGCAGCCUGUGAAUCUCUAACUAGUGAUUAUCAGCAGCUGAAGUAAUAUCACUUGAAUCUAAAUCGGAGUGAGAAGAAGCAUUUGCCAUGAGAAACACGCACAAGAGCCCAGGGGCAGUCGCCUGCUGUCCAGGCAUCAGCAAUAUCGUAUUAUCUUAUUAUAGUUUAUACACCAAUUUCUUGUUAUUGUUACCAAUUUAAGAUUAAACCUUUGAAGCUAAUCACGCUGACGAUGGCUAUGUCCCGGUGAUGAUGGUGUACCAUCGCAUCAGGACCCGGAUCGGCAGCAUUCAUUUAUCACCCACUCACACACACUCCAUUGACGACGUUGAACGGAUAUCAUAUUAUUAUUAUGGUAAAGAAUCGCUAUUAGAAAUUGUAUCUACUUUACAAGUAGCUUGUUGAAUGUGUGUUCAGUGUCUGUCCUCGAAAUAAAAUGCAAUAUUUGUAAUCUCUUUAUAAACUUUAAA